AUGUACCCGUGGUCGACCAUACAAACUACUCUACAGCACACAAAUGCCAAGUUGGUGGAGCGUAAGCAACGUCCAAUUGCUGAGGGAGAUUUGUUUCGCUUUCUGGGAGUUCGGCUUGCGAUGGCAGUCGAGCCUCGACGCGGUCCCUUGCGGACCUACUGGGAAAGAGAAGUUGGUGAGGGUAUGGUUGGCACAGCCGCAAACUUUGGUGAGCGCUUCUGCAUUACACGACACGCCAUUGAAAAUAUUUCAGCUGCGCUCUCUUUUUCCGAUGAUGUGCCGUCAGAUGACCCAUGGAAAUCUAUUAGACCGCUAAUAGAUGGAUUUAAUUCACGCCGCCGCGAUGUAGUAUCACCCGGGGAGAUUCUUUGCGUGGAUGAGUGCAUGAGCGCCUGGCAGGGCAAAGAGGGUAAAUACUGCCACGAUGGCAUACCUCACAAGACAAGAAUCCCAAUAAAGCCAGAAGGCGUGGGUGCCGAACUUAAAACUAUCGCUGAUGGUGAUUCGGGUGUGCUGUUG